ACUAGAGAAAUCAUGAAGUGACGAAUGAUGAACACUUCAGCAAGCUACAAGACUUCCGACGACCUUUCGUGAUUGGACUCCGAUAUCGCUCUCAAAGGGCUUCUCCUUCCGAUUAAUCCCCUUUUCUUCUUCUUCUUCAAACAAAGGAAAAAAUCACAGAUCAUUCUACACACAGAGAAGCAUUUACUAGUAUUUCUUUGACAGGAUUUCGACUUUUUUCGUCGUUCAUAUCUCGGAUUCAAGGCUUCUGCAAGGACCUCGUUUAAGGUCCUCAAGAGAGGAACUCUUACUUCAAGAUAAAAGCAAGGAAAACAAGGCAAAAAAGGCUGCUGCUUGGCGAGGAAUGCUUUCCUGCAUGCCUGCUUGAUAUUAUCUGUAAUGGCUGGGAUACUUAAUUCAGGUUCAUCUUCAAAUCUUCCAGAGACCACUGGAAGACCUUUUGCAACAUCUUUUUCUGUUCAAUCUGGUUCUGCUGGCCCUGUUUUUCAUCACACUGGAACCAUGCAAGGACUGCAUAAUAUUCAUGGGAGCUUCAAUAUUCCCAACAUGCAAGGAACACUUGUAUCAAGAAACUCAGCGAUGAAUGCUGUCCCUUCAAAUGGUGUUCAACAGCCUGCAGGAAGUCUUUCUAAUGGAAGAUAUACCUCAAACAAUAUUCCCAUUGCUCUUUCCCAGAUGGCUCAUGGAAGCUCGCAUGGACAUUCGGGUGUCACAAGUAGAGGAGGAUUGGGAGUAUCUCCAAUUUUAGGAAACACAGGUCCACGAGUUACCAGCUCGGUGGGAAACAUUAUUGGUGGUGGCAGCAGCAUGAGUAGGAGCUUAAGUUCUGGUGGAGGAUUAUCUGUACCUGCUCUUGCAUCUCGCUUAAAUUUAAUGGGUGGCAAUGGAUCUGGGAACCUUGGUGUACAAGGACCUAACAGAUUAAUGAGUGGUGUGCUCCAACAAGCACCACAGGUGAUAUCUAUGCUAGGAAAUUCUUAUUCUGCUGCUGGAGGUCCACUGUCCCAAAACCAAGUGCAAGCAGGGAAUAACCAAUUAAGAUCUAUGGGAAUGCUAAAUGAUGUCAACUCCAAUGAAAAUUCUCCUUUUGACAUUAAUGAUUUCCCUCAGUUGACUGGACGUCCUAGUUCUGCUGGAGGUCCUCAAGGACAACUAGGUUCACUACGAAAGCAAAGCGUUGGUGUUGUCCAACAAAACCAAGAAUUUAGCAUUCAAAAUGAAGAUUUUCCAGCUUUACCUGGUCUUAAAGGUGGGAACAAUGAUUAUGGAAUGGAUCUGCACCAAAAAGAACAACUUAAUGACAAUGCAAUGUCUAUGUUGCAUUCCCAACACUUCUCUAUGGCGAGAUCUCCUGGCUUCAGCUUAGGAGGGACAUAUUCAUCUCAUCGCCAGCAACAACAGCAACAUACUGCAUCAGCAGGUAGUGGUGGUGUAUCCUUUGCUUCUGCAAACAAUCAAGAUCUUCUGCAUUUACAUGGUUCUGAUAUAUUUCCAUCCCGCUCAAGCUAUCACUCACAGGUUCAGAGUGGCCCACCAAACAUUGGGUUAAGACCUGUGAACUCCCCAAAUUCAGUUUCUGGUCUAGGGUCAUAUGACCAGCUUAUUCAGCAGUAUCAACAGCUUCAAAGCCAGUCCCAGUUUCGACUACAACAAAUUUCGGCUGUGGGUCAGUCAUAUAGGGAUCAGAGUGUGAAGCCAAUGCAGACAGUGGCUGAUCGAUUUGGUUUGCUUGGUUUGUUGAGUGUCAUAAGGAUGAAUAAUCCUGAUUUGACCUCCCUUGCUCUAGGAACUGAUCUGACAACAUUAGGGCUAAAUUUGAGUUCAACUAAUGACAUUCACAAAAGAUUUGCUUCGCCUUGGUCAGAUGAACCUGCCAAGGGGGAGCCUGAGUACACCUUGCCAGAGUGUUACUAUGCAGAACUGCCACCUGUGCUACAUCAAGGGUAUUUUGCAAAAUUCCAGCUAGAGACAUUGUUUUAUAUCUUUUACAGUAUGCCAAAAGAUGAGGCCCAGUUGUAUGCUGCCAAUGAAUUGUACACAAGAGGGUGGUUCUAUCACAAAGAGCUUCGGCUAUGGUUCAUAAGGGUUCCAAAUAUGGAGCCUUUGGUUAAGACUAACACAUACGAAAGAGGAUCUUAUCUCUGUUUUGAUCCAAACACAUGGGAGACAGUUCGAAAGGAUAACUUUAUACUUUAUUACGAAUUGGUAGAGAAGAGGCCAACCCUACCUCAACACUAGCAUUUUUUUUUUCUUUUUUAUUUUUCCAAAAUGUAAAUUUCAGUAACAAUUGGCAACUUUUAGUAGGAUAUCAUCUUCUUUUUUUAUUAUUUUUUUCUUUUGUUUUUCAUUUGGCCGUUGUAGUCUUAUUUGACCUAUUUUGGCAUAUUCAAAAAGGAAUUAGUCUUCGCAGUUCUACCUUGAAGGCCUGAACUCAUCUUAUGCUGGGUUUGUUGCUAAACUUGCAAUCAUGAUACCAAACACAGGCAUUCCAGCAUUCUUUUUUAUUUGUUUUAGUUUUUGUUUUGUUUUUUGUUUUUGUUUUUUAUUUUUUUUAUUUUUUCAUUUGAGUAUUGUGGUUAAGGGAGGUGCUGGACCUUAUGGAUUAUGUUAUUGUAAGGGGGGCUAAUUUGCUAUUAACAUCAUAGGUUUUUUCUAUAAGCCACAA